UAGUGAGGGAAGAAAAGAAGGAGGGAGGGAGGGGUGAGCUGAUAUCGUCAGAGGCCCGGCAGUGCGCAGGCUCUGUGCGAGCUGGGCUGGAUGCCUAUUGAUUGGAAAACAACGGGCUGUGGGAGGACAGAUAAGGGUGGCCGUGGGCUAACGGGUGAGGGAAGGGAUACAGACUAAAGCUCAGACCACGCUGCCAUCUUCCUUCCUGAUCUUUUUUUUCCCUCCCUCUUUCAUCCCUGGAAUGAGUGUAACCGCUGCUGCUCAUCAGUUGCUGCGAAGGAAGGCUUAGGCACAGAUUCUCCUGGUCCAAGAAGGUCCUGCCCACACACCAAGCCAUAUCAAACAUCGGCUCGUCCACUGCAGGGCUCGGACAUAAACCUGACAGGGGACGCCAUGGAAGCCCCUCUCGUGUGUUUGGAUGAGGAGUUUGAAGAUCUCCGGCCCUGUCGGAUGGAUGAGCUGGACCACCCAGCUCUGGAUCACUCCUCUGCCCCUACCACCACCACCACCAUCCCUCUGGCCUCCAUCACCCGGGAGGACUUCUCUGAGCUGGAGAACUUCUCUGAGAUGAUGAGCUUCAAGUCGAUGGAGGACCUGGUCAACGAGUUUGACGAGAAGCUCAACGUCUGCUUCCACAAUUACAACACCAAGACGGAGGGCCUGGCGCCCAUACGCAGCCAGUCACACAACCAGGAGGAUGAGGAGCGGCUGCAGGACGAAGAUGUGUGGGAUGCUCUAACUGACAACUACAUCUCCACCUGGGACGGCCCCGACUCAGAGGGACUCAACGGAAAUCUUUCUGACCAGGAGAUCCACGAAAAAGAGGAGGAAGAGAUGAAUGAGAAGAAUGACAAUGCCAAAUGCCAGAAUGAAGAGCCUCUCAUCACAGCUGAUCAGGUCAUUGAGGAGAUAGUUGAGAUGAUGGAGAACUCUCCAGACCCUGGUGAAACUGAGGAGGAGGAUGAGGAAGAGAGCAGCCACUGUUCAUCCAGGACCAGCCCCUCCCUGCUGGAGGAGAUCAGGCAGCUGUCACAGGCCUCCAACAACAACUGCUCCUAUGAAGGCCUGAGCCUGAUGCCCAGCUCAGCGCUGGUUGAGCUGCUGCACCGGGUGGAGGCCGCCAUCCGCGAGUACUCAGAGGAGCUGGUCAGCCAGCUGGCUCGGCGCGACGAGCUGGAGUUUGAGAAAGAGGUGAAGAACACGUUCAUCACGGCCCUGAUGGAGGUGCAGAACAGGCAGAAGGAGCAGCGAGACAGCAGCAAACGCAGACGCCGGGACAAGGCCCUGAGCCUGCAGGGAGGAGGGACGCCAUCUGUGAACGGAGGGAACACAGGCUCCACAGGACGCACGGAGAAGACAGGAACCAUGCCUGUCAAGCGUUUUAGCAUGGAGGGACUGUCCAACAUCCUUCAGACGGGCAUCAGACAGACAUUUGGAAGCACAGGGAAUGAGAAACAGUAUAUAAACACAGUUAUUCCAUAUGAGAAGAAAGGCACCCCUCCAUCUGUUGACGACCUGCAGAUGCUCACAAAAAUUCUUUUUGCCAUAAAGGAGGACAGUGAGAAGGUGCCUACACUGCUAACUGACUACAUAUUGAAAGUCUUGUGUCCUACCUAAAGUACCAGCAUGCUAGGGGCCACAGUGUGAUGGAGAAUUCUUCCCCCUGAGGGCCUUUCCAAUCCUCCUCACCUCUGGCCCAAGCUGCAUGACCUCCCCCUCUUUUACCAUUAUCAACCAUGGAUCCUCACCAUCAACAUUAUCGUAUUCACCUCAACUAUGACUACUGCCUUUUGCUGAGCUCACCUUCUCCCCUCCUGCACAUAACGUUCAGGCCAGACCCCAAAAUGGCUCUUAAUACUUAAACAAGUGGGACGCUCAAUCCCAUUUUAAAGGACUUCACUACUGGAGCAUGACGUGUUGUUAACGGUCACAGCACCACUUUGGUACAGGGAUACAAUGUUAUCACUGUUCUCUUUUUCCUUAAUUUCUUUCCUUUCUGUUUGUUUCCUUUUCUUUGUUUCUUCUAACAGAAUUUCAGUGUUGCCAAGUUUUGAAUCUUCUGAGUUCAUAAACUGACCUCUUAACAACAGUUGAUUGUUUUACCCAUUGAUUCAUAAGGACUACACAGUAAGAGAAAUGAAAUGCCAUACUGCAUCCACAACUGAUCAUCUUCCUGUACUCUUUCAGAUGAAACUAAUGAUUCAUUUGAAUACAAAAGCCAUGCACCUUUUUCUGCCAACUUAGUACUGUAGCUUCAUGUGAAGAAAAAGAAACACACAACUAUUACGGGUGCAGUGCAUUACAAAGCUAUUUGUUUUGUUUGUUUCCUUUACUUUUUGUUUCACUGUCUUAUAUCCAGUGCUCUUCUGACUUUUUUGUAAUUUCUUUUCAUUUGUAUCUAAAUAUUUGAUAUAAACUCUGUUGCUGAUUUUCUAUUUUAUUUACCGUCAUCAGAGCAACAGGCAUCUGUGCAUUCCACCCUGUUCAGCCACAUGGAGGUGUAUCACUGAGUUUCCUUGGAAAUCAUCAUCCCCUAAUGAGAUGAGCUCAUUACAGUAAAGGCGUGCAUAUUUGCAUAUUAGCAUAUUUAUGACUUCCUUUGCGCCAUGUAGGUGAAUGUUACAUCGCUAAUCUAAUUCUAAUAAACAUUCUACCCUAAUCGUGUAUGCAUGUGCUUCUUUCUAUCUUUAACAGGUAGCACGGUCACUACUGAGAAGCUGUAUGGAUGUGUAUUCUUUGGAGACAUAACAUAUUUCUUUGUAUUCUUGAUUAUCUUAUGAUGUAUUAAAAGGAAUGAUUUAUCAGGAAUAACUAGCAGGUAAAAACAAAUUCUUUAUGUACAUUUGAAAGGUUGAACACACACACAUGGUCCCUUGUACAGUAUUUCACAUUUUUUUCAAAUGUAUUUAAACACACCUCUCAGACAUAUAAAAAUCCAGUUGGUAUAAUAAGCUGUGUCAAUAAGUUGUGUAUGAUACGUGUUUGCCAAAGGUUCAGUUAAAAAUUGUUGAAAUGACUUAACUUCCUCUCAAUGAAACGAAAUGUGUCGAUAAUGUUCAUUUUAAAAAUUGAACUGGUGAUAAAUGAUUCUUACUUCA